UGAUAGCAUUAGUACUAACUCUAAGAUAGCCAAGAAGUAAAUAUAUGGCUGAUGUAUACGUAAUUUGCUUCGAUUGCUAACGCAUAAUAUUGAGACUGAGUGAGUCAGCGAGACCGAACAAUAGUUUUUGGAUAAUUUUUAUUUUGGUUUAGAAAUUGAAUGGUCUUUUAACUGAUAUCUUUGUUUAUCUAGGUUACGGCUUUAUAAAACUAAGCAAGAUCUGUCUUUUAGUGAAUCUGUGUUCAACCAUCUUUGGUUUAUAGAUUCAUGGAUUCAGUGGCCCUGUCAAUUCAAAACAAGCAUGACUGUGGAGGUGAUUUUAUCCCUGGUGAAGCUUGCCUCUCUGCUGUAAAAAAACAACUGAAAGAUAGUGGUCAUUUAAAAGAUGAUCGAUUCCAGUAUAAUGCCGAUGGUAUCAUCAAGUUGAUCAACGUCAGAAACCUGGAAUUAUUGUUAGUUGAAACUUCCGGCUCCUAUGCAAAGAUAGACAAAGCCAAAUCGAACUUUGACCAUCACAAAGGGACUUUUGGUACACUAGCUAUGCUAAAAACAAUUGCUGAUGAGUAUAACCAUGCCGAGAAUGGUAGUCUUCAAGUAAAUAAAAAAGGAUAUACUUCUUCAGAAAUUACUUUAGGACUCGAAGAUGUACGUUGUUUACGUUAUAUUCAAAGACAAACUUGAGGGUAAUAUUAAAAUACGAUCAGCGCAAAAGCUUAUCGUUAUAGAUUACAUUAUAAACAAGGUAUGAUUAAUCCUAUCAAUUGUAUUAAUGAUAAUAUUCGACACACUUCACGUCUUCAACAACUACAUCGAGUUUGUCAA